AUGCAACGACGGGAUGCUUUGGCAGGUUCUUCUUGGGGCCAGGACACUGGGACGCUAGUCAUGACAUACCGGGCAACAGGUAAAGCAACGACUGAGCAUGCAUCAGUUAUCUUUGCCCCACUGUUUAGCGGCGCCAGCUGGGCGAAAGUCCAACGCGUUGAGAACGCUGCUCUCCGCAUCGCCACCGGCUGUGUUAAUAAGACCAAUGUAGAUCACCUCUAUCAGGAAACUCAAGUCCUCCCUCUGAAAGUUCACUCUAUCAUGCAGGCAAAAAUCUACAUUGCGCAGUCC